AUGUCCGCGUACGACUGGCAUCCGCAGCAGCAGCAGCGGCAACAGCAACAGCAGCAGCAGCAGCAGCAGUUUGUCGUAGAAGAAACUCAUCUGCACGAAGUCAAAGGUGCCGGCAAAAGGUCCAGGCAGACUUACUCCAAAUACCAGACUGCUGUGCUGGAGACGGUGUUCCAGACUUCCAGGUACAUAGUGCGGAACAAGAGACAGCAGAUGUCGGCCGAGCUGAGCCUGACCGAGCGGCAGAUAAAAAUAUGGUUCCAAAAUAGGCGGAUGAAGGAGAAGAAAUGCCACAAGGAAGCCCCUCGGAUCGUCGUCGAACGGCAUGUGCAGCAGCCUCGGGUGCAGGGCGAGUGCUGUCCGCCGGCGGCAUUGGCUGCCGGUUACGCCGAAGACUACUGCAACAACGCCGUCGAGCCAGCCGAUGACCCGAGGGACGACGACGUUUUCGCCGGUGGUUACCACCCCGCAGUGACCAAACACCGACCGGACGAUGGUGGUGGUUACGCCGUUUAUGGUGGAUACGAUUUGCUAACCGCAACUACGAACCCUUACGACCAACGUGUGGCGAAACAACAGUGUUGGUCUGCUCCAGUCGACUUCCAUCAAGACUUGUACGGUGACCUCGAUUCAAGCCAUUUUCAAAGACUGUCGACGAAUCACCACCACUAUCCAUUGAAUUCACAAGUACAGGACUACUGUCCUCCACAGCUGCAGGCUGCACAUGGUUAUUGA